GAGCCUGAUUUGGACCUUAAAAAUUUAGUGGCAACAACAAAUAAGCAUAGGCCUGGAACAUCCAUCACCUCUUAGGCAAAACAAGGCAGGUGUUGAGAAAGAUAUCCUCUCAGAAUUUGCACAGCUACCCAGGCAACAAUUCCAAGAAAACUAUUAAUCGAGAUAUGAUAGAGCUUAUUUGCCAUCAGGAGAAGAUAAAAGAACACUCUGGAUUAUAAAAGCAGAUGAGACCCACCCGCUAGACCUGGUCAGACACCAUGUUGGCGUUCCUGGUUCUGGUGACAGUGGCCCUGGCAUCUGCUCAUCAUGGUGGUGAGCAUUUUGAAGGCGAGAAGGUGUUCCGUGUCAAUGUUGAAGAUGAAAAUCACGUCAACGUAAUUCAUGAGUUGGCCAGGAACACCCAGCUUGACUUCUGGAAACCAGAUUCCGUCACACAAAUCAAACUUCAUAGUACCGUUGACUUCCGUGUUAAAGCAGAAGAUAUUGUCACUGUGGAGAAUGUUCUAAAGCAGAAUGAACUACAAUAUGAGGUGUUGAUAAACAACGUGAGACGCGUGCUGGAGACUCAGUUUGACAAUAGAGUCCGCGCAUCGGGACACAGCUAUGAGAAGUACAACAACUGGGAAACGAUAGAGGCUUGGACUCAACAAGUCGCCACGGAGAAUCCAGACCUCAUCUCUCGCAGUGUUAUCGGAACCACAUUUGAGGGACGUGCUAUGUACCUCCUCAAGGUUGGCAAAGCUGGACCAAAUAAGCCUGCCAUCUUCAUGGACUGUGGCUUCCAUGCCAGGGAGUGGAUUUCUCCUGCAUUUUGCCAGUGGUUUGUGAGAGAGUCUGUCCGGACCUAUGGACGUGAGAUCCACAUGACGGAGCUUCUUGACAAGUUAGACUUCUAUGUCCUGCCUGUGCUGAAUAUUGACGGCUACAUCUACACCUGGACCAAGAACCGAAUGUGGAGAAAGACCCGCUCCACCCAUGCCGGAUCUAGCUGUAUUGGCACAGACCCCAACAGAAAUUUUGAUGCUGGCUGGUGUGAAAUCGGAGCCUCUAGAAGCCCUUGUGAUGACACUUACUGUGGACCUGCCGCCGAGUCUGAAACAGAGACCAAGGCACUGGCUGAUUUCAUCCGUGACAACCUCUCUUCCAUCAAGGCCUAUCUGACUAUCCACUCGUACUCUCAGAUGAUGCUCUACCCUUACUCCUAUGAUUACAAACUGGCUGAGAACAACGUCGAGUUGAAUGCCCUGGCUAAAGCAACUGUGAAGGAACUUGCCUCACUGCAUGGUACCAAGUACACAUAUGGCCCAGGAGCUACAACAAUCUAUCCUGCUGCUGGAGGUUCUGACGACUGGGCUUAUGACCAAGGAAUCAAAUAUUCCUUCACCUUUGAACUCCGGGACAAAGGCAGAUAUGGCUUUCUCCUCCCUGAGUCCAAGAUCCGGGCCACUUGUGAGGAGACCAUGCUGGCGAUCAAGUACAUCGCCAACUAUGUCCUGGAACACCUGUACUAGUCGAAAGCUGAGAGUCAUAUAUCAAAAUGCUCACUUUUCCCUGCUUGUCAAUCUUGAAUUCUUAUUUUUGUUUGCCUGGAUGUCUUAUGGAUCCCAAUCUUUCUUUUAAGCUUCUGGGUCUAUUAAACUAAGUGAAUCUUUUUCAUAUUGAUCGUAAUAAAAGUGUAUCAUAACUAGAAAA